UGGGUGAGGCUUCCUUAACUUAAUUAGACGUAACGGCAUCACCAUCGUCGCUCGAACGUGCGCUCGGUGGCGGACUUCUUUUAGUUCGUUUCGCGCCGACGAAGGGAACGGUGCAAAUUUCGCAUUUGUCUCUCUUUCUUUCGAGCAUCGCACACAGCAUUUGUCGAAAAACUUUCAGGUGUUUUUUUAAGUUCGUUAGUAGUUUGCGCACUUACGGUCGGCGCGUUUAAACGUAUCGAGCUACGGGAAAAAAAUCCAAGCAUGACGACAAAAGUCAACGAAUGCGCCAUGAAGCAAGACGGUCAAGCGUGCGAAAAGGAUUGUUCCUCCGGGACGAAGGUCAAACGCAAAUCCAGAUCCGCCAGAAGACGCCUGAACGCGAUGAUGAGCAACGCGUCGUUGCAUUUCUCCGACACAGAUUCCGAGGGCGAGCUGACGAUGAUCACCAACAAGAUCGGCAAGCUCAGCCCGGUGAAAAUCUCGCUGGCUAGCAAUCAGUGCAGUCCGAUGAUCUCCGUGACCGGUGCGGAAGACGUUGAUCGCGCAGCGCAGACCAACGAGAACGUGAACUAUCUCAUAGUCGACGGUGAGAUGAGGUCGCGAUCGAGACGCAGCAGCUUCGCGGAGAAUCUCACGGACGUUGACGAGAUAUACAGCGACGAAGACAAGGACGCACGGGACAAGCUGAACGUGACAGCUGACAACGGUUAUCAGGGUGAUACGGAUCUGGAGGACAUAGAGGCCGACGAGGACGUCCAUCCGACGAUCUACGUCACGCCUCGGUCGGACAUACUGACCGAGUUCGGUGGCGAAAUGAUCACCACAAAGGAGGGCGACGGACCGUUUUCCGUGGAGGUGCGGAAUCGAUUGUCGCGCCAAAUGGUUUCUAUCGACAAAGAAGACGCGACGAACAUGCCGGAAAUGCCAAACACCGACAGCGAGGACAUGGAGGCAUCCGACGAGGAGGACAAACUGGACGAGGCGGCCUCCAGCAGUCACUUGUACGAGGCCUUCGACAUCGUGGCCGCCUCGCAGAUCGUCAUGAUCAACAAAAUGGAGAACACGUUGUACGUGCCGGACACUGUCGAGGAUCCGAUUAGCGACUGCCACACCGAUAUCGAGGAUGUCGAUUAAACGAAACGGGAUUAUGACGAAGUGAGAAAACUAGCAAACAUGAUCUAACUGAAACGCGAUGUGAUUCCCUGGAAUAAAGAUCUUUCUAAUUGAAAUUUCAAUGAGGUAACAUAUCGUUGAAUAUUGAGUAACAAAUAUAAAAAAGAAAAAACUCAACGACCCUCCGGUACUUGCAACUGCUGCAAUGGGAUGCGGUUUGCGUAACGUCUUACGCGGAUGCGAGUUCUGAUCUAAUUAAGAAGUCUUACUUGGAAGAUAAGUAGAAUUUUAAAGUCUUCUUCUAUUAGAGAGUCACGGACAACAUGAUCACGCCAUGGACGAUCAAGCUGUAAGGUUGUGCAAUGAAGAAACUGUAAUAUGUUAAGCGUGACGCUUAAUGUUUAUGAAAUUGUAUAAGAAAAUGCUUCAGUGUGUUUAGCAUAUAUAAAGAUGAAAUAUUAUUUCUAGAAAAAAAUCAAAAACAUUUUUAAGUUUGUCUCUCAUCGUGUUUUCCCUUAAUUUAGUUGACUUCCCUUCCCACCGAAGUGUCCAAAAAGUAAUAGCCUUAUUUUUACGAUAAAUAAAUAAAAGAGGAGCUGCAAAAAUCUGUGGACAAGAAUACUGAAAUCUGAUUUCAAGAAACUGGAAAAUGAACUGGACCGGUUUCGUUUGACAUUCUGGAAUAGACAUACAUCGUACGAAAAUAAUGGUAAUGUUAUUUUUUGGAUAAACUGUUGUUUGUCGCAGACUCUUUCGUUUUCCUUUUUGCACCGUGCCUGAAAUCUAUAAAUGAAUUUUAUCGAUGGGGCAAAAUUAAAUGCACGAAAUUACAGUAUAUACAUAUAUAUAUAUAGAAGUACAAUGCUUAUAAUUUUUCAAAGAAGUCCGUCUUGCAACUACUAAAGAUUAUAUUGAAUACUCAUUAUAACACUCGUAACUAAUCCAAUUGCAUUGUGUGCGCGUGCGAAACGAUUAUCAAAGAAACAAAUUAAUUCUUUUAACUGUUAUUGUUUUUUUGAAAGCCAAUAAUAACGCAAUGUUUUUGUGUACUUGUUAUACUUGCAGACCGAACUGCCGUCCUCAACAUUAUCAUAGACAACCGUAUGGGAUAUUAAUGCAAAAGAGUAUGUCUCCAAUCUAGAGAAAUUUCUCGAUACAAAUGCAUAUUUAUACAUGCAUAUAAUUAUAUGUUAUAAUUAUAUGGGACGCGAGAUGUACAAAUACGUAUUCGUAUUUAUCUAUCAAGUAAUUUACAAAAAAAAAAGUGUUUUCUUUUUGUGGCACACUCGAUAUUACUCAAUGCCGUCAUUAGAAUCAAAUCGUCGUAUGUACAUCCAGAAGAACGAUAGAGAAUAUCUUAUUUCGUAAUUGUGAAUUAUGUCAAAUUAUGUGUGUGUGUUCUUGUGUCAUAUAAUUAGUAUAAAUUCUCAUAAACAUAUAUAUAUAUAUACAUAUAUAUAUAAAAUAUCAAAAAAUAUAUACGUAUACUAUACUGAAAAAUGUAUAAUGAAAAAUAGUUGUUCGCGGUGAUGUUACAUGAUUGUUACAUCUGAAAAAACUCGCUGAUCUGUACUUUCAACUGAAUUAAAGCCGUUUUAAGUACAUCAACCAGAACAAUUUUUUUAUUUCUUCAAUAUAUAAAGUAUUCUAUCAUACUCACUUGU